AAUCACACCGAAGAUGACCCAAAAGCGCGUUUAUUAUCGUCUUUGGAAUUAUUAUUGGGUAGAUCACUGGAUAAUACCCUUCUUAAUUUGGGAUUAAAGGAAAGUUUUGGAGAGGGUAUCAAGAAUUUAGGUUUCAGAAUGAAGGAUGUCCUUGAUGAAGAAGUUGAUGUUGCUCUUGGUAACGGAGGUCUCGGUCGUCUUGCCACCUAUUACAUGGAUUCUUUAGCUACAUUGAUUUAUCCAGCUUAG